AGCCUUUUUUUUUUGUGUUGUUUCACCACGUACGCCCAGAAGCUGGUGGUAUACUUACAUAGAUAGUAUUGGCAUAAAGUGACUGGUGCGCAGCACUCACCUGCCCUUGAGGAAAGUUAAGUACCUAGGGUCCUCGUGCGAUCUGUUUCUCUAUCUCUUCCAUCUUCCACUCUGAAAACCAAAAAACUCCGAAAAUGCCGACCACGCUUCAGGCUCGGGAGCGGAAGAAGCAGAGGAAGCUUCCAGAUAUGAAGGAGAUGGAUAAGGCGUAAAAUUUUUUUUUCUUUUUGUAAUUGGCAUUUUUGUUGCGUGAUUGAUAGUACAUUCUAAACUAGCAGCUCUUCAUCGUCGUCCAUCAUACAUUGCAUUUGCAUAGCGCCUGCAAGUGGUUCCAAAAGACACAAUAACAUCUUCUCCAGGUUCGACGCUGCCAAGUAUGUCGCGCCAAAAUUCACGAUGCGGGCGAAGGUCUCCUUUAUGGAAGUGUCAGAAUCGCAAUUGACAAAAUCGAAAAUAAAAUGUAGGGCACGUAUGGCUUGUCUUGGGGAGGCGGCAAAUGAGACCGAUUGCAAGCCUGUUGAGGGGAAGACGAUGUGCUUCCAGGGUAGCAUGACAGAAGCAGUGCUCUUUGCCCAAACAGCAUGACAGACUGGAUUUUGGUGCUGCCGAAAUUUGUCAUGCGCCACUUAGAAACUGAGGCUCCAACUGGUAUCGAUUUUAUGCAUCACAAGUUAUUUCGAUUUUGUUGAUUUCAAUCCUGACACCCCCAUAUCCUUCGGUGCGCAGAUAAGAACCAAGAUGUCGGAAAACAACAUCACCUCCGGACCCAUUGACAUCGGCGUGGCAAAGCACGAAAACCCGAAGUACAGCAUCCGCAUGCGGACGUGCAAACUGAUGCAGAUGCCUGGGCAAAUAUCCCACGAAAAAAUUGUUUCACUGUGAUGGUUUUGCAAGAUCUGUAUCACAAGUUUGUUACACAUGACACAGAAAAUUUGCCAUGCGCGUUUCCCAAGGGAAAACACGCUUAAAAAGCCAUUGUGUUGCAGGUGUAGCAAGACAAACACUUUGGUGUUUUGUUCUCUGCAUCACAGGUUCACAGUGAAACAGUUUUUUCUUGCGAUAGCAAACCACCGACAGCAUUCCCGGGCCAGGGACGUACCCAGUGCCGAGCACCACCUCGUUCGAUCACCCAGCCCUGCCGAUGCCAGGCAGGACAACGAUGAAAGGUAUAAAAACAUGAGUAUGUUGUUGACACUCUGUCAUGCAGCACUCCAGAUGUAAGUAUCGUAUGAAACCAGAAAAAUGCAACUGCAAGCAAAAAGUGAAAGUGAUAUGUUAGGCAAAUAAAAAAAUGCCCUUCUACUUCCUCAUGAGGUCCCCCGCGAUUCGACCCGAACCCAUCAAGCGCAAAGACCCCGGGUCCGUCUUCCUACGAUACCAAGGACUUCUACAAAAUCCUCUCGGGAAGACCACCAACUUUCUGUAUUGCUUUUCUUUUACUUUUCUGAAAUUGGGACUGUCUGCAGCAGCAGAAGGACAGAUUGAUUCCUCGGAAGCAGAGUUUUUGAAUUGUCUGCAGUGCUAUGCAUCGAAUAAAAGUACACAAAUCUACUUCGCCCACUUUUACAACAGCCAUGCGCAUAAAGCCAAAGAUGGGCGGUAAUAUCAAUCCUAAUUGGUGCAAGGGCGGAGCGACGGUUCUGGAUGCUGACGUUAACAAGAACAGGCCACCAAUGUACUACUGCCUCCGUUGUGUUUUUUUCUUUCCUGAGAGAACAUUGCGUCGUGUUGUGUAGAACAAAGGGCGGCCCUGCAGUUUUCUUGAAAAUUGUUUAUGCAUUUGUUUCUUGCAUCGACCUUCAAUCUUCACACUGACCAAGCAACACAAAUACUUUGACAGUUGGACCAUGCGGGCCCGUACGUGCAAGAUGAUGCAGAUGCCAGGGCAGACGACGGACGCGAUCCCCGGACCGGGUACGUACCCAGUCCCCGCCACCACGACGUUCGAUCACCCCACGAUGAAAAUGCCGGGCGGGACGAAGUUCGGCUCUGCGCCGCGAUUCAAAGACUACGACCCGGAGGAUGCGUAAAGGCCUUGCGCGGUAGAAGAGAAAGAAGAAGAGGCUGUUCGUUACUCCUGUGGAGUUGCAAAUGCAAUAUUCAGCUGCGGCCUGCUCUGGUGCAAUACAGGUUUGUAUAAAAGUUUUUCGAUAAUCAAGGUUCAUUUGAAGUUGAAAAGCACAAAUUUUACCAUAUUUUGUUUUUGACAUUGAUUCGCAAUUAUUAUUGUUUAUUGAAAAAUCUAUACGCAAAACCAAAAAUGAAAAUCACAGCUUGUGAUUUUGAUGCCGUUCAUUCUAGGUUUACACGUUUGUUUCCGAAUCUUCAUGUACCUGUAAGUAAUUGAUUGAUGAUGAAAUUCAAGUUGUGUUUCAGACGCCACAGAUGAAAAAUGUAUACGAAUAUGAUGGAGUCCUUUCAGCAGGCUCUCAGGUUUUAUCAAGCGGUAGCAAUCGAGCAUCAGCAUGGUCAUGUACAAUAAGAUUUUUCAAAAACACGCCGAGUCGAAACAGAAGCGUCUGCAAGGAUGCACCAUCGUAAAACUGUUUCUAUUUUGGGCUAAAGCACGAACACAAGAUCACGAGCAAGGUGGAUCAUCCACGCUGCCUCACUGUUGACACACCAAUCGUCACGAACUUUGGGCGAUUGUAUAUUGGAGGCGUGUCGAAGCACAACCUCCCAUGACUGUCAGCGAAGUAGACCCUAGCGUGUUCAACACGGGCAAUCAAG